GCUCGCUACCGGAUCAGCUGGGCAGUUCCCGUCCGGAUUGUAAGGACUUCUAGGCGUUGGCUCGUAUUAUACUUGGGCAAAGAGGUCUAGGAGUACGUGAUAGCAGGACUGGAUGCCCGCUUUAAGUAAGGCAGUAGUAAGCAAUAGCGGGGCACAGAAUGCUGGCCAUGGUUGAUCUUACGCUCUGCUUGAUGCCACCGUGCUCUCUCGCCAGGUUGGGUACCCAAGGUAGCAAUGUGGCUCAGGGGAAUGCUGCUGGCGGAGAGGGACGCCUUCGCUUCCCAUAUCGCUCCAUCCGGUCUGGUACGAGACAAGCUUUUUGGGGUGCCCGGGGGAAAGGGUCAAGCUUUUGGUUCUGGCCCGGUCUAUCUUGGCCUGGGAUGACCGGGUUAGUCUGGGCCAAAAUAUGGCACACCUGUGAAGCGUCUUAUUCGCCAUGGCGAGGUAAAAUUGCGGAAGGAUUCGGCCCCAAGCCUCGUCAUCAAACUGCCCACGACCUAUUCAUUUCCUCCCGAUUACCUAAUCCAAUGGGGAGCCGCCCCGGCGAGAGGACGUGGCCCAUCGAAUGCCACCCAGCUGCAGCGUCAUAACACCAGAUACGGCAGGCUGGUAUGUCCUUUACAGCAAGACGAGUACCGCGAUGCUGUCUACCGGUCCGUACCUCAGGGACUUACCGCAGCAAACCUGCAGGCA